GAGGAGGCUAAACCUGAGGAGGCUAAACCAGAGGAAGCUAAACCAGAGGAAGCUAAACCAGAAGAGUCCAAACCAGAGGAAGCAGCUCAUGCACCAGAGGUUAAACCACCAGAAGCACAUCCAGAACCGGCUAAACCUGAAGUGAUUGCACCAAAGCAGACGGUGGCCAAGCCAGCCGAAGAAAUUCCACUUUCAAUUGGAUCAAUACCCAACACGUUGGCAUCGAUUGAUCAUCAAAUUCAACGGAUCAAGGCGCAUCUUGCGGCACAAUACUCAAGAGGAUGUAUGAUCACCUUCCAAGCUGAUCCGAUUGCGGAUCGUCCAUCCGACUCACUAUCCGGUUUCCAGUCGUCCACCAAGACGAAAUCAGCUGAAGUAUGCGCGGGUCGUUGCUAUCAGGUUCGUGUUCCGGACCACCUGACCCCCUGA